AUGGAGGACAGACUUAUAGUUGCGGUCUCUUUGGUGAGCAAGAUGAUAUCUAGGUUUUGGGAAGGGAUAAGAGGAAAAGAGACAAUCAGGGUUUUGAUGAUCAGGGUAAGGUAUGUUCCAGAACAUGAUCCUAAUUUGAGUGGCCAUGGUACAAAGGAAAACGAAAAGAGAAAAAGAAGAAAGAAAGGACUACAAAACCUCAUCGCUGAAAGUACUGCACUUGGUUGGGAAACUCCUAUUGAUCUUGACAACCUUGUCGGUCAAUGUGUUGCCGUUGAUUUUAAUAAUAUUACUCAUCAUGAGGAUGAGGUCCAUGUGGGGGUGGUUCUGGAUAUGGGAUCAAAGGAGGGGAAGAUUGUUCACAGUUGCAUUUCCAUGGAAGUUUCAGAUUUCUACCAGUUACACAAUAGCUACACCACAAGAUUACUUCUUCAUGCAAGAGAUUCCAAAGGAGAACCUCUCCAUGCUUUGUCUGCUGCUUUUGAUAUCUUGGAUAACAUCAAAGUAGAGGCAAUCAUCGGGGCAAAAAUUAGAAGGGAAGCAAAAUUCUUGGCAGAGUUAGGAGACAAAGCAGAAGUUCCUGUAAUUUCUCUUUCUGAACCAAGUUCUUAUCUGCAAUCUAAUAAGUAUCCCUUCUUUAUUCAGAGCACACAGGAUGUUGAAAAUGAUAAUAUUGUUGAAGAGCUCUACAAACUUAAGGACUUUCAAACUAAGGUGUUCAUCGUGCAUAUGUCAGAAGCUCCCGUGUCCAAACUUCUCAUCAAUGCAAAAAGGUUAGGAACGAUAAGUGAAGGGUAUGCUUGUUUUGUGACAGCAUCUACUAUGAACCUCUUGGGUUUUGUAGACUCAUUUGUAAUAGGUUCCAUGCAAGGUUUAGUAGGUUUCAAGUCUUAUAUUCCUCCAACAAAAGAUCAUCAGAAUUUGGCUUUAAGACUCAGAAGGAAGUUUUCCAUUGAGUUAAGUGUCUAUGGCAUUUGGGCAUAUGAUUCAAUUUGGGCUCUAGCAGAAGCAGUUGAGAGGGCAAGGGAUUAUAAUAAACUCGUUUCAGGCAUAAAAAAUGGUUCACUACUUGUGGAGGAGAUUUUGAGAAGCAGAUUUUUGGGUUUAAGUGUGUUCAGUGGCUUCUGCAUAGAGGCAUUCAUGCUUGCCAUUAGAAAAUUACCUUAUCCAAUAGAAGUAGAAUUCAUCCCAUAUGGAGGAACAUAUAAUGAUCUUGUUUAUCAGGUCUAUCUUGGGCCAAGAGUUCCAAGGCUCAUUAUCCCAACAAAUUGGGACAGUGUUAUGGUUCACCUUUUCGGUGAGAAGUUAUUAAACAGCUUAUCAAAGUUUGUAGUGAUUAUGUGGGUGUUCGUAGUGCUUAUAUUGACUAACAGUUAUACUGCAACAUUAACUUCAAUGAUGACAGUUCAACAAAUUCAAUUUAAUCCAAAUGGAAAUUAUUUAGGAUAUCAAUUGGAUUCACCGGUUCAAGCUUCUAUUUUUAGUUUAAAUUUUGAAGGAUUUAAGCCAUAUAGCUCACUUGAAGAAUAUGCAGAAGCUUUAUCCAAAGGUAGCAAACAUGGUGGUGUUUCAGCUAUAGUUGAUGAAGUUCCAUACAUCAAGAAAUUUGUUGCCAAGUAUCCUGGUGAUUACACGGUGAAGACUAUGCCCAUGUCUAAUACGAAUGGUUUUGGCUAUGAAGCAGGAGAGUUAGCAGUGCUAGAAACCUGUUCCAGAGCUUAUAGCGAAGAAGCUUUAUUAAGUCCAUCUGACGAUUCUGCAAAUGACCCUCAUGUUCUUAGACUUGAUUUCUUUCGUGGUUUAUUCCUUAUUAGUGGAAUUUCUUCAGUUUUAGCUUUUCUCUUAUUCUUUUCUUUUGCCAUUGAAGAAAAGAUGGAGUUUCUCAAGUAUCGUAAUAUUGUACAGCUUAUGGCACUCGAAAAAUGUGAGGAAAUACCUCUCCAAUAA